CAGGCUGAAAUAUACUUUCAGCAAGACGGCGCUCCUCACUAUGGUCUGCCGGUUCGGCAACGGCUAGACGACGAGUUUCCAAUUAAAUGAAUAGGGCCAAGAGGGCCUAUACUGGGACCUCGGUUGGCCGCGUGGGUCAGAGUGUCGUGCUACUGAUCAGCCGGCCGGCCGGGCCGCGAGUGGUAGAUGGUUUCUGACUGUCGAACGCGGAGGUACCACCCGGCGGUUCUCGUAGGCGGAGCCAGAAUGUGUGCAUGUUGCAUGCACACGUUUUCCCUCACCAGAGUCCGUGUG